UUUCCCUCCAAACAGUCUCUCUCUUUCUCUCUCGUGCGCGACAAGGCGUCCUCGGGCGGCGUGAGGGCGCGAUGGCGAGUGGCUGCGGCGGGCGGCGGGGGCGGAAGCCGAGGGCGAGGGCGCGGGGCAAGGGGAAGAAGACCAGGUACCUCAGCCUCAGCGAUGUCCUGAUUAAGGUGGAGGCGGAGGCGGGGACGCCGCCGCGGUCGCAGGAGGAUGAGCCCGCGCCGGUGUGGGAGGAGGCGGAGGUGAAGCAGGAGGACGCCGGGGAUGGAGGCGGCCAGCAGCAGCCGCCGCAGCAGGUGGAGCCGUUCGCGCUGCACAACGAGGCAUCCACCCUGUUCGCGGCGCUGCCGGCGCCGUCGCUCUCCGACAUCCUCGGCGCCUCCGCUGGCGGCGGCGACGGCGACGAGUCGCCCUCGCCGUCCGCGUCGCCGGACGGGGGUUCCGGGGGGUCGGAGUUGCCGUGCGCCCAAGAGGAGGACCUGGCGCGGCGCGCGCUAAGGGGCAGGGAGCGUUGGGUGUACUGCAGCAGCGGCUCCUCGCCGACGGCCACCACCGCCACCACGUCGUCGUCGUCGCCGUGCUCCUCCGCGGCGAGCACGGGCGCCUCGGUGCGGUCGCUGCUGCUCAAGCUGGACUACGGGGAGAUCCUCGCCGCAUGGGCGGACCGGGGGUCGCUCUACAUCGGCGGCGGCGGCGGAGGCGCGGACAGCGACGCCGCGCCGGAGCUGGAGCUCAACGCCGUGUUGGUGGAGGUGGAGCCGCCUGAGCAUGCCGCGAGUGCGCCGCCACCGCCGGCGCCGGCGGCGUUCGCGUGGACCGCGGCGGAGACGGAGGCGGCGGGGCGCGAGAGGGCGGAGAAGGUGAGGCGAUACAAGGAGAAGCGGCGGAACCGGCUGUUCGCGAAGCGGAUCCGGUACGAGGUUCGCCGGGUCAAUGCCGUCAAGCGGCCGCGGUUCAAGGGCCGUUUCAUAAAGGAACAUGAGGAUAUCAAGCUCCAGCCCACAUAGCCCCCCUGGCUUCUUCCAUCACCACAAGGAUAGCCCGUGUAUAUACGGUUAGUUGCCUUGUUGUCUUAUCCCAGUUAUUCUGUAUCCUCUACCCUGGGCAAGUUGCAAGCUUCAGGUGUAGAUCAGUAGAGGCAAAGUCAUAUUUCGUAGGAUGAAAAUAACAGAACUUAAAAGAUUGACCCAUGAGGUCAGUGAUCCAAGGCGAUCUGUUCGUCGUUUCUUGAUCUAUCGUUUGGAUUACUCGUUUGCAAACUGUGAACAAGGGCAAUGUUCAGUUGGCUACAAUUAGACUUUCCUCUCAGGAAGGGUUUGAGAAUUUGAUGUCUGAGCCAUCUGAUUAGAACAAAAAUGGUCUGUGUUUCUCAUAUCGAUAUCACAGCAUACGGGUACUUAGCACCCAGAUUAAA